CAUGACCCAGAAGCACUGGGCCCUAGACUGCAAGUUAUUAUAUCCGGGUUAUUUAAAUUAGCUCCAGUUGAGUGUCUUUAACGUUAGGUUACAUGUACCCUUGAAAUAAUAAACGAAAGAACAAAGUUAACAACUGGUUUGACUUUUGCACGGACCGGCAGCUAGCUGGUGGUCAAAGGUAACGUGCAAAUAAUUAAUUUACUCCACAAAAUAACGUUAUAACUAAGUGUUUGUGGCUACAGGAACGUUUUUACUUGCAGUGCAAUGACAAUGUUACAGUAAUAAAAAAAUAAAAUCCUUCAAAUGGCAAGUUCCAGGAAAGUGAUUGAACUGUUUUAUGACGUGGUCUCUCCCUACUCAUGGCUUGGCUUUGAGGUCAUGUGCCGUUACAGAAAUGUGUGGAACAUUGACCUUAAACUACGUCCUGCGUUCUUGGGUGGCAUCAUGCAAGGAUCAGGUAAUAAGCCCCCAGGUCUGGUCCCAAACAAGUUCCUGUAUAUGACCACAGACCUGCACCGUCUAGCCCAGUACUUCCAGGUCCCCAUCAGCCCCCCUGCUGACCCCUUUGAGGCCAUGUUCGAAAAAGGCUCGCUGUCUGCCAUGCGCUUUGUGGCGGCGGUACAGGAGAGGGAGGUGGGAGGAGAUAAGCAGGUAGAGCAGGUGUCACGGGAGCUGUGGAUGAGGAUCUGGAGCCAAGACAAAGACAUUACCCAGCCUGCAUCACUCUCUGAGGCAGCCAUGAAGGCAGGGCUCUCAGCCAGUGAGGUGGAAGAGCUGCUGAAACUGUCCACCUCUAAGGAAAUCAAAGACAAGCUGAAGAGAUCCACCCAGGAAGCACUGGACCAUAGGGCCUUUGGUUUUCCUCUGGCUGUGUGUCAUGUGAAUGGAAAGGCGGAGGUGUUCUUUGGCUCUGACCGGUUUGAGCUCAUUGCCCACUGCAUAGGAGAGAAGUGGAUGGGACCCCAGCCUGCUGCUGCCAAACUGUGACUUGAAACAUGAAACUGGGACGUGAAACCUGUCACAUAUGGAAUUCAUUAAGAUGAAUAAAUAUAAUCGAUAUGA